AUGUCUGUGGAUUGGGACCGCGUGCGAGACGUGGUCAGUGCCCAUGUCGACCAGCAGUCGCCCGAGCUGCGCCGCAUCAGCCAGGCCCUCCACGCCAACCCGGAGCUGGCCUACCAAGAGUCCUUCGCGCACGACGCCAUCUCCGACUUUCUGCAGAAGCAGGGCUUUGCCGUCGGCCGCAGAGCUCACGGCCUCGACACCAGCUUCGAGGCGACCGCCGGGUCGGGGCGAGGCCGUCUGGUGAUUGUCUGCGCCGAGUACGACGCUCUCCCCAGCAUCGGCCACGCCUGCGGCCACAACCUCAUCGCCGCCUCGUCCCUGGGCGCCUUCCUGGGCGCCGCCCACGCCAUGCGGACGCUGGGCAUCGGGGGCCGUGUCCGCAUCCUCGGCACGCCCGCCGAGGAGGGCGGCGGCGGCAAGGUCAAGCUCCUCCAGGCCGGCGCGUUCAGCCCGCCCGAGGGCGUGGCCGCGUGCAUCAUGGCCCAUCCCAUCCCGGCCCACGCCCUCGGCGGCUUGGAUGGCCUUGCCGCCCUGGACAUCCUGGCCAGCCACAAGUUCCGCGUCGAGUUCCGCGGGAGAGCCGCCCACGCGGCGGCGGAGCCGUGGAUCGGCGCCAACGCCCUGGACGCCGCCGUCGGCGCGUACACCAACGUCAGCAUGCUGAGGCAGCACAUCAGGCCCGAGGAGCGCGUCCACGGCGUGGUCGAGGUCGGCGGCACCGUGCCCAACGUGAUCCCGGACUACACCAGGAUGAACUGGUACGUGAGGGCGCCGACGACGGCCGAGGGCGGGAAGCUGGAGGCGCGGGUGCGGGCGUGCAUCGAUGCUGCCGCCGCGGCUGCCGGCUGCACCAACAACUACAUCCCCUCCGAGACCUACAAACACGUCAUCAACAAUCCGGGCCUCUGCGAAGCCUACGUUGGGGACAUGGCCAAGCUCGGCGGAAACGUCGUCUGCAAAGGCCCGAGGCUGGUCGUGGGGUCAACCGACAUGGGCAACGUGUCUCACGAGGUUCCGGGCUUCCACGGCGCCUUUGGCAUCCCCGCAGACCCCGGCGCGGCUUUGCACAGCAUCGACUUCGCCUCGGCCGCGGGCAAGCCUGAAGCGCACGAGUGCGCCAUGAAGAGUGCAAAGGGCAUGGCCAUGCUGGCGCUCAGGGUCAUUGCUGACCAUGAGCUGGCGGCCCGCGUCCGACUAGACUUUGAGGAGGGCAACGCGUUGUAA